AGAAUGGCGCGCAGGCGCGCAGGCUUUCAGGGCUUCGGCUGCGGAAUCAGCUGGCGAUCCUUGGCUUAAGUCUUUCCUUUCUUUUUUGCAAAAUGGCUGAGGUAGAGGAAACACUGAAGCGAAUCCAGAGUCAAAAGGGAGUCCAAGGGAUCAUUGUUGUGAAUUCAGAAGGUAUCCCCAUCAAAAGCACCAUGGACAACUCCUCCACAGUACAGUAUGCAGGCUUAAUGCAUAACUUAAUAAUGAAGGCAAGGGGCACUGUCAGAGACAUUGAUCCCCAGAACGAUCUUACAUUCCUGCGGAUUCGCUCCAAGAAAAAUGAGAUCAUGGUUGCACCAGAUAAGGACUAUUUCCUGAUUGUCAUUCAGCAUCCAACAGAAUGAAAACUUCCCCAACUGGCCUGCAUUCCUUCUACUUUUUUAUAUAUUUUUAUUUAACAUUGAUAAUUAUUGUCCAUGAUAAUGUCUGAAAGAGGUUCCUUUCUUAAAAUAUUAAAGAUUUAAGGAGUCUGUUCAAGUUAUUCAAGGGUUACCCCAUGGAGAAAAAGAAACAUGAAAUCAAAAAGAUAAUGAAAGAUGGAAGUUUUCUUUAGCAAAUUAUAACUAAAUAACUUUGUUGAAAAUACCUUUAGUAAUUGUAAAUCAUUCUUCCUUUUUGUCGUCAUUUUAUUUUGCACUUGUUUCUUUUAAAGCAAAUUAAAAUAAUCAAGCAAACCUUUGUUGAUUUCAAUAAAGUUUUUUCAUGCUUUUCGAAGUAUUUUCCUCAAAA